GAGGAUUGCUAUGGCAACAGGUUGCCAGUAGCGACGGGGUACCACUACAUCCCUGCCUGUGUGUCUGCGGGGAUGAGCGGCGCGUGAGAACGAGAAGGAGGAAAGAAAAAAAACAGAAGACAAGGCAGCAGCAGAGAGGGUGAGGUCUGCUCGGCUCAGUCCGCAAAGACAGAAGAAAUAAGCUGUGCGGAGGCUUUUGUCUGUCAUGAAGUGAGGAGCCCUGCGGUCUGAGAGGACGCCCCUGCUCGCUGCUCGUUUUGUUGUUUCGGUCAGAAAGCCAGAGUCGUCUCAUCCACCGGAAUGGAGAGCUGCCGCUGACGGAGAUUCCCGAGCUCCCCCCCUGAUAACAACAGGUCUUAUCGGCUGCGCCCAUCUUCACCUCAAAUCUUUCAGCAACCGACAAAGAGCUGGAGCCGAGACGAUCAAGCAUGGAUGUGCCCAGGAUGGCCGAGGGCCUCUUCAGCAGCACGCUGUCCUCGUCAGGCGGCGGCCAUCACGUGCCUUCCUACCUGACGCUGGAGCAGAAGGCCGCCUUCGUCUUCGUGCUGCUGCUCUUCAUCUUCCUGGCCCUGCUCAUCGUGCGCUGUUUCCGCAUCCUGCUGGACCCGUACCGCAGCAUGCCCUCGUCCAACUGGACUGACCACACCGAGAAGGACACGUUCGAUUACCGCAUCGUCUGAGGAAAUUGGGCAAAUUAGAAAAAUUAAAUAAAAUAGACUGAUUUCAUGCCUAAAGAGCACUUUGGCCCCUGAAAACAAAUGACUGCUCAUUCACCAGGAAAACAGCUUUCAGGAAAUCUCUCUGAAAGUUCAGACUGAAAAGUAUUUAGACGGCAGGUCGUCGUCGAAAAUGAGCGCCAAACCAGAGUUCAACAGCUUCUCCCUGCCACAUCAGAAAUUCUCAACUAUAACAAGACGACUAGAACUAUGCUAUGAAGAUUAAUCGAUCAAACCACCGUGACCCUCAGUCCGAGCGAUGCACCAGAGCCACUUAAGGUUCACCCAUUAACUCCUUCCCCUGCCAUCAGCUCUCCUCCGGACUACCUCGUUCCUCCUCCAUCUCAUGUGUGGAAAUAACUUUUCUCACAUCUCACACAGGGUCGAAAUAUCCUUUUGAGAUCCAAACCAGUUGGAUGAUAACAGUGUUUACAUCUUAUCAUGUUUACGUCCUUAGAUUUUUAUUGAUAAUGUAGACAAUCAGUGUUUAAAAUAGUUAAAGGAGAAAAAAUAUUUGAAGCGAAAACAGUUGAGGUCUUUUUUUGUUUGUUUUUAAGCAUAUUUUGUCUUAAGUUGUGGACAGACGCGAGAGGUCCAGAAGACUUUAUACGACUGAUGCGAUUCAGGCGAAGAGGAGUUUCAUGCCUUAUGUCUUUGUAAGAUAUUGUGCGGUGGUUGUUACCUUCGACGUAUUUAGGUAAGACCAUUAAAAAGACUGGUAUCGAGGUCAUAAAAGCAGGUUAAAUAAUCACAUUGAAAGAAACUGUGGUGGAAAAGUUCUCCCUUUAAUGUUUCGGAACGGGUUCAGACAGAUCGAUGCCAGCAGCGAGUAACUGUAACUGUUCUGUGUGUGCGAUAUAAAACUAUUUGUCCUUUCAGUCACAUGGAAGGGACCGCCGGUGUCCACGUCUUUAGAUGUCAGCAACCAAAAGAGGUAUUGAAGAAGAAUAAAAACGUUUACUGUGCUGUACCGUGUGCCUAAUUUGAAAAAAAAUAAUACUAAAGUUUAAAUUGAUGUUUUAGGAAAGAAAGAAAAUGGGUUCAUAUUUUUGUCUUUAAAUGUAGUUUUUUUUUUCCCUUGUGUGUGUGUGUGUGUAGUAUGCCCAUUUAAAGAAAACUUAAACAGCAUUUUACUGCCUGCAGUUGGUAUAUUGACAGUUGGUAUGCCAGAUCUGCAGAGAGUUGAUGAUGAAGAUGACGUUGCAUUUUCACAUCAAACCCUUUACUGAACUGAUGUUGUGGCUCUUUUGUUGGGCAACUUUUCAACUGUGCGCCUUAUAGUGUAGAUUGUUUACAGUAUCGUAGGUAGCAGAGACACUGGGAAUCCCUGAUUUCGCCGAUGCGACGGUGUCUUUGCACUUCACGGAGAUGUCAUAUAACUCGCUGAAAAGUUAAGAAAAAAGAAAAGAAAAAAAAAACCUUCCCUGAUCUCUUUCCUGCCCGGACAGGAAGUGAACUGUGACCCUUUCGAUGACGUGAUGUUCUUGUGAUCUGCUGUGGCCUUCUCCUUACCUAUCGCAGAUGUUGCGAUGUUGUGCUGAGGUGAUGUGUUUCGUUUUUUUGUUUGUUUGUUUGUUUGUUUGUUUGUUCCCCCCCGCAUGUAUUUCUUGCAGAGUAUCCUCUCCGUGCAUGAUAAAUGGUGAAGUGCUUCAAUCCUGAUGUUGUAGCUGUGGGUCAAGUUGCUCAAGCAGCUAUUUCCUGUCUCUACUGGAGCCUUUUCUUUUGUUUUUAUCUGUUUUCCGCCCGGAGCCGCUGUUUCUUUUUGUAAUAAAAAAUGAUCACAGUGCACAAA